UUUCAAUUUUCUUUUUCUUGUAUUUUAGCCAGACCAAAGGUGUACCAGGGGGUGAGAGUAAAGACAACUGUUAGGGAACUGUUGCAACAGAAGAGGGCGCAGCAAGCAGAAAAGAGAACUUCAGAAUUCCAGGAUUGCAGAAUGCAGCUUUCUGAUCCAUCCCCUACAUACUCAGAAAUGUAUAACGGCUUUGAGGCUUCCUGUUCUGCAGACAGCUACCACCAAAGCAGGCACUUUCCCAAUUACAGCAGCCCAGAUGAUAGCCUUAGUUUUCUGGAUCAGCUGUUUCCUGAUAUUUACCUGCCUUCAGACUGCCUGGCAGAUUCAAACUUCAACUUCUUGCAGAGUUCAUCUUCCUGUGCACUGGAAGGCAACAGCCAGCUGGCUCCUAGCUUUCAGCAGAGCAUGGCUCCUGAAUCGCCUACAAGCUCAGAUGAUAUGUCAAACUCCUUUGAGUAUUCCCCAACUUAUCAAGAGAUGACAUACAACCAUCAAAACCACAGUGCCUACCAGGACCCUGGGAGCUGUACCUUUGCUAAUGUGGAUAUGUAUUACCAGCACCAACACAAUGCAGCCUGCUGUUACUGUGUAUAUUGUCACUCUAUGGAACAUCAAGAGGCAAUGAAGGCACUGGAACCAUAUUCUUAUCCUAGCACAAACUGCAUGGAAUAUUUUCCUUCAUCAACUGUAUCAGAGGACUUAUUUCCAGGAGAAAUGAACGCAUAUGAAGUCUUACAGCUAAGAUGAGAAAACACAUUAUCUGACAUAUUUUGGCAGCAUUCAUUAUUGACUCUUGGGGGUACCUGGGCCACCAAUUUCUUUAUCUGUCCUGACAUUUGUGGACCAACCAAAGUUUUCUUAGCAUGAAAACUACCUAUCACUCAAGUGAUAUUCACUUUUUAAUUUACUGUGUGGCAUUUUAUACACAGCAAUUCAUUGUCAGUGAGGUGGGAAUCUCAAAUUGCAGAGGCCUAUUCAAAAAUAAACCUUUUAAAAUGUUCCCAUUUUGUCCAGAAAAAAAUACAAGGCAGAAGGAAUGAACACAUUGGUGUUUCAAACUUGCUGUACAUUUGUGUGUACUAAAGGUGAUUUUAGUAAUAGGGGUAAUUUGGUUAUGACACCAACAAAGGAGCAAUUAGGGGUGAAUAAGGAAUUUGCUCCAUAGAUAUUUCGCUUCUGUAAAAAAUGUAUUUUCUCUCAAUUCAGACAAUUGCCUUUAUUAUCAAGAUUCAUUAAGCAUUAAGUCUAGUUGAAACUGAUGGAUUCACAGGUUUCCAGCUUAAAGAGAUACUGACACCAAAAAUGAAACCUUUUUUACAUCUGUCAUAACAAUGACUUUGUAUGCUAUUUAUU